AUGUCGUGCUUUGGUUGGGCAGCUGCUGGUUUUGAUCCCGGACCUCCAAGAACAAAACCUUCGAAGCCAGUCAAGAAAGGCCGAGCAAAAGGGUUUGGAGCCGCACCGGCAGCCAGUGGCACGCGCCGCGUUUCAAGAGAGGAGCAACGAAGGCAACAACGGCUGGGCAAGGACCCAUCCAUGAACGAUGCCAGAAAGGUCCUCCUUAGCGAGACAGCCGAACAACGGUUUAGCCUCGGAGAAGCGGACAUAGAUUUGGUGAUUCCAGCAUACGUCCUCGACAUCAGCCGGUUUGCAAGAGAAGUUGAAGCCGGCGCCGGCACUGUUUCGGACAUCGUGUGGCCAGCAGAGCAAGUUCUUGCAGAAAUCCUCUUGCAGAGGAAAGAGCUUUGGCAAGCGCGCGGUUUGUGUGAGAUUGGAGCCGGACUUGGGCUAGCAGGCAUUGCUGCUGCCAAGCUUGGGGCACCGAAAGUGCUGAUCAGCGACAGGGACUCGCUGGUUUUGGAGCUUUCGAAGCAGUCAGCCCAACGGAAUGGUGUUGCAGACAGGGUGACCACCGCAGCUUUCGAUUGGUCAGACAAAGAUAGCUGGCCACCAGCCUUCGGUGGCAUGAUAGCUGCGGCAGACGUUCUGUAUGACAAGGAAGUCGUCGCGUGGCUCGUGGACCUGAUUAUUCACUUCGCCGGACCUGCUGUUCUUAUGGAGCCAGACAAUAUAGAAAGGCGGCAGCUUGGCUCGGUGUCGUACUUCGAGGAGAUAGCGCGCUCCCGGGGCUUGGCGGUCAAGACAGAGACCUGUUUCAGCCCGUCACAGCCAUCCUCACCGAUGCUUCUCAUUUCCGUUGACCAGGCGGUGGCGACGUCUCGAUGA